AUGAUCGGCGGGUCCGGCAAGAGGGGCUCGGCGGCCGGCAACAGCAAGCCUCCGUCGUCCACGGCCACUGCCGUGGCCGCCGAUGACAAGUCGGCUGCUGCCACUGGCAGCACGUCGAAAACCGACGACAAAAAAGACGAGACCAAAGAUGGAGUUCUACCGACGACUCUUCCUAGUCCAGGAUCGUCUAUUCGAGAUGGAGCACAACGAAUUUUGCAAUUAUGCCAAAAGUCAGAAUGGCCACCAUUAGAUCAGGCCCUAAAGGUGGUCGAAAAAUUAGUGGCGGCCGGGGGAGAUGAUGUGACGUCAACGCCAUUAGCCGGUGUAGUGGAUCAGAGCAAUGGAAUGACACCCUUAAUGUAUGCAGUCAAAGAAAGCAAGACUACAUUUCUAGAACGUUUGAUAGACCUCGGAAGUGAUGUUACAAUCAGAAACUUGGAAAAUUUGAAUGCGUUGCAUUUGGCCGCAACAUACUCCAGAGAAGACGUGAUAAAAGUGUUACUGCCGAAAAAAGGGGUGGACGUUUACUCUCCAGGAGGUCCAAAACAGCAGACGGCCGUGCACAUGGUGGCGAGUAGACAGACGGGUACAGCGACGAGCAUACUCCGAGUUCUCCUGGGGUCUUGCGGUAAAGACAUUCGUACCAUUGCAGACGGGGACGGUAAAAUACCACUGUUAUUGGCCGUGGAAACAGGUAACCAGUCGAUGUGCCGGGAGCUGCUGUCGACCCAAGCAGUGGAACAGCUUAAAUUMAAGACAAAGUCCGGGGACAUGGCCAUUCAUUUAGCUGCCAAACGAAAAGACAUAGACAUGAUUAAAAUACUAAUUGACUAUGGUGCUAGCGUAGACAGUCAAAACGGGCAAGGCCAGACAGCUCUUCAUAUAGCUUCUGCCGACGGAGACGAAAGUUUGGUUAAAUAUUUUUACGGCGUACGAGCUAGUGCUUCUAUAACAGAUAAUCAAGACCGAACCCCGAUGCAUUUGGCUGCUGAAAAUGGUCAUGCAAAUAUCAUCGAGCUGUUGGUCGACAAGUUCAAGGCUUCCAUUUACGAAAGGACUAAGGACGGCAGUACUCUGAUGCAUAUAGCGUCAUUAAAUGGUCACGCGGACUGUGCUAUGAUGUUGUUCAAAAAGGGUGUUUAUCUUCACAUGCCGAACAAGAGUGGCGCCCGAAGUAUACACACGGCAGCCAGAUACGGGCACGUCGGAAUCAUCAACACGUUGUUACAGAAAGGCGAAAAAGUUGAUGUCACAACCAAUGACAACUAUACUCCUCUGCACAUAGCGGUCGAAUCCGUUAAGCCAGCUGUGAUCGAAACAUUAUUGGGAUACGGAGCCGAUGUUCAYGUAAGAGGUGGGAAACUGCGGGAAACUCCUUUACACAUAGCCGCUAGAGUAAAAGACGGCGACCGCUGUGCUUUAAUGCUGCUCAAGUCCGGAGCCGGUCCUAAUCUGGCCAUGGACGACGGACAAACGCCCGUCCACGUGGCUGCUCAGUACGGAAAUCUCAUAACACUUCAGCUAUUACUAGACGACGGAGGCGAUCCUCUUUUUAAGAACAAAGUGGGAGAAACGCCGUUGCACUUGGCUUGUAGAAGUUGUCAAGCCGAUAUUGUUGGACAACUCGUGGAUUUCGUGAAGUCGAAACAAGGAGGUGAAGUAGCUAAUUCAUACGUAAACAGCGUGAACGAAGACGGCGCGUCCGCUCUACACUAUGCCGCAAAUAUAAAACAAACCGAAGUUAAUGUGUCCAAACCGAACAACGACACUAAAGUUAUAAAAUUACUUUUUGAAGGAGGAGCUGACAUCAAUUUACGAACGAAACUGCACCAUGAAACAGCUUUACACUUUUGUGCUGUAGCUGGUAACAACGAUGUACUUACAGCAAUGCUGAAUGGCAUGUCACCAACCGAAAUACAACAAUCAAUGAAUCGUCAGUCCAGCGUUGGAUGGACCCCUUUGUUAAUCGCUUGUCAUAGGGGUCAUAUGAGUUUGGUGAACACCAUGUUAAACAACCAUGCAAGAGUAGACGUAUUCGAUAACGAAGGUCGAUCUGCACUUCAUCUAGCCGCCGAAAGGGGAUACCUGAAAGUAUGUGAUGCUCUACUGACACAUAAAGCAUUCAUAAACAGUAAAUCAAGAGUUGGCUGGACUGCGCUACAUUUAGCGGCUAUGAACGGUUUUGCUGAUCUUUGCAGGUUUUUGAUUCACGAUCAUAACGCUGUAAUCGAUAUUCUUACACUGAGAAAACAAACGCCUCUGCAUUUAGCUGCGUCAGCAGGCCAGCUAGAAGUGUGUCGAUUACUGUUAGAUUUGGGCGCGAAUAUAGACGCAACAGAUGACCAAGGACAAAAACCCAUUCAUAUUGCAGCACAGAACAAUUUUCCAGAAGUUGUUCACCUAUUUUUGCAACAACAUCCACAAUUAGUUUUAGCUAGCACUAAAGACGGAAAUACUUGCGCUCAUAUAGCAGCAAUGCAAGGUUCAGUUACUGUGAUCAUUGAACUAAUGAAAUUCGACAAAAACGGUGUGAUCUCUGCUCGAAAUCGUAUCACAGAAGCUACACCACUUCAGUUAGCAGCCGAAGGUGGCCAUGCUCAAGUGGUCAAGGUUUUAGUUAGGGCAGGCGCAUCGUGUUCGGACGAAAAUAAGGCAGGAUUUACAGCAGUUCACUUAGCAGCACAAAAUGGCCAUUUAUCUGUGCUAGAAGUAUUACGUUCGUCUCAAUCGCUAAAAAUUUCAAGCAAAAGGCUUGGUAUGACGGCACUUCAUAUGGCAGCAUACUGUGGUCAAACAGAUACUGUCCGAGAAUUACUGUCUCAUAUACCAGCAACGGUCAAGUCUGAUCCUCCAUCUGGUGUCAGUGUAUUAGGUGUACUGGGUAACGAAUCGGGAAUGACACCRUUACAUUUCGCUGCUUAUAGUGGUAAUGAAAACGUUGUCCGAUUAUUGCUCAAUUCGGCCGGUGUUCAAGUUGACGCAUCUACAGUUGAAAAUGGUUACAACGCACUUCACUUGGCGUGUUUUGGYGGMCAYGUGACUGUAGUUGGACUUCUGUUAUCAAGAGCGGCCGACUUGUUGCACAGUUCCGAUCUUAAUGGUAAAACGUGUCUGCACAUAGCCGCCUCGUAUGGCCAUUAUGCCAUGGUUGAAGUCUUGCUCGGACAGGGUGCCGAAAUUAACGCUACAGAUAAAAAUGGGUGGACGGCGAUGCAUUGCGCUGCACGUGCUGGGUAUUUGGACGUAGUAAAACUUUUAGUCGAAUCCGGUGCCUCCCCAAAAGCUGAAACCAACUAUGGAGCAUCGCCUAUAUGGUUUGCAGCUCAAGAGGGCCAUAACGAUGUAUUAGAAUACUUAAUGACAAAAGAACACGACACUUAUGGUUUGAUGGAUGAUAGAAGGUUUGUCUACAAUCUAAUGAUUUGCAGUAAAAAUCAUAAUAACAAACCAAUCGAAGAAUUUAUUUUAGUAUCACCCGCACCAGUAGACACUGCAGCAAAACUUUCCAGUAUAUACAUUAACUUAUCAAAUAAGGAAAAAGAGAGAGCAAAAGACUUAAUAGCUGCGGGAAAACAAUGUGAAACUAUGGCAACUGAACUUUUAGCCUUAGCUGCAGGUCAAGACUCAGCAGGACGCAUCCUAACAGCUUCAGACAGACGAAACACUGAAUUUUUAGACGUCCUUAUUGAAAACGAGCAAAAAGAAGUAAUCGCUCAUACUGUUGUUCAAAGGUACUUACAGGAACUUUGGCAAGGAAGACUGAAUUGGGCAGGUUGGAAAACACUACUCAUGUUCUUAGGAUUUAUUGCUUGUCCUCCAUUAUGGAUAGUGUUUACGUUACCUCUUUGGCACAAUUAUAGUAAAGUUCCGAUUAUAAAGUUUAUGUCAUACUUGACGUCUCAUGUUUACUUGAUGCUUCUAUUACAAAUGGUUGCCAUCACGCCGUAUUAUAAAGCAGCGAGGCAAAAUUUAUUUCCAUAUUGGUACGAAUGGUUACUCUUGGUUUGGUUAAGUGGAUUGUUACUGUUUGAACUAACUAAUCCAAGUGACAAAAGCGGAUUGGGCUGGGUGAAGUUGGCUGUUCUCUUAUGGAGUGUGAUAGGAGUGGCAUUUCAUUUAGUCGGAUUUUGUGGCCUCGUUUCCAAUCCAUAUCUUCCUACCGUCAUGUAUCUUCGAAAUCAAAUGUUCGCUAUAUCAUUUUUGAUGGCGUGCGUCCAGAUUCUGGACUUCCUGUCAUUCCAUCAUCUGUUUGGACCCUGGGCUAUAAUUAUUGGCGAUUUGAUGAAGGAUUUAGCGAGGUUCCUUGUUGUACUGAGCAUUUUCGUGUUUGGGUUUUCAAUGCAAAUUGUCGCAAUGAACCAUCCUAUCACUAAGAAAUUAGAAAAAAACAAGCCGGAAGUCUUUACAGAAGUUCUAAUGAGCCCAGUAGAUGCAUUUGAAUUACUUUUUUUCGCUGUAUUUGGUAUGGCAACACAUGGUGAMUUGAGACAGGCUUCUAACACGGAUCAGCCGCCGUGGACGGUUUAUUUAUUUAAAGCUGUCUUUGGUAUAUAUAUGUUAGUUUCGGUUGUCGUACUAAUUAACUUGCUUAUUGCUAUGAUGAGUGAUACUUAUCAAAGAAUUCAGGCGCAAUCUGACAUCGAAUGGAAGUUUGGAUUGGCAAAAUUGAUUAGAAAUAUGCAUAGAACAACUACAACACCUUCACCUUUGAACUUAAUUACUACUUGGUUCAUGUAUUUACUAGAGAUAUGCAAGAAAAGAGUUAGGCAAAAAAAGCGCCCAAGUUUAUCACAGAUGGUCGAUAUGAAAACAAAAGGACGAGUAAGUGCCAGGACUCGAAUGGGUAACAAAUGGCUAUCAAAAGUGAAAAAAGCUCAAGUAGUUCCUAGAGAAUCGAUAUCAGUCAGUGUUGUACACCUGAGUCCGUACGGAUCGCAAAUAAGCUUUGCGAGCUUGUCCAACCGCAUCGAGACCGUMACAGACUGGGAUUCCAUUGCAAAGAAAUAUCGAGCACUGCAAGGGGCCAGUGAAAACGACGAGAGAGAAGACACGAAGGCUUCGAACGCGUCGAUGGAACGAUUAACGAGGAGCAACAGUGAAGCCCAAUCAGAUCCACAACCGUUCGCAAACAACAUAAAGAACAUUCCAUAA